AUGGUCGCUGAUUCGUCCGACAACAACCCGAAGGGCAACGGCGGUGCGGAGAAGAAGAAGGAGCGCACCGCGGGCCAAUUCUUCCAUGUGGGAGACAAGGGGGAGCAAGGAGACGCCUCUGCCAAAGUUGGAGCAGAGCUGCACCCCCUAGACUAUUGGGUGUUGGACACAGGCGCUGCUUGGACGAUGACGCCGCGCAAGGACCUGCUGGACGAAGUACGAGCUGCACCGAUCAAUGAAGUGUGCUCCGCCUCUGGACACGCGCUGAAGGUGGCUGGUGCGGGACGAGCUGCGUUUAAGGGAGCGGAUGGCAAGCCGGUGGUGCUGCACAACGUUCUCCUCGUCCCCGACCUGAAGGCCAACCUUAUCUCCCUCCGUAAGCUUGGCAAGGCUGGGGUGAACACCAACACGGAUGGGGCACGCACUUAUAAGGGGAAGCUGGGCAAUCGGGUGCUUUGGGAUCUGCACGAGAGCAAGGACGUGUACAGAUCUAUGUGGCAGCUGCCGGCCCUGGCGUGGCAUGUGUCGGCGAGAUCUGGGGAGACAGAUUGGGCAACGGCACACCGGCGCUUAGGGCAUGUGGCAAUGCCUUUGCUGAAGCAGCUGGAGAAGGAUGGAGCCGUUAAGGGUCUAAAGCUGAACGGACAGCCACCCGAUGACAACUGUGAAAUCUGUUUGCUUUCAAAGUUCACCCGUUUCCCUUUCCAUAGUGUGGCUGGCAGGAGCAAGAAGCCUUUGGAGCUGGUCCACAUGGACUUGGUGGGGCCGCUGCCGGUGCAAGGGCACAAGGGGGAGCGGUAUUUUCUUACAAUUGUGGAUGACUGGAGCAGGCUGAUGUGGGCGUAUCCGCUGAAGCAGAAGGACCACGCCGCCUCCACGAUACGGGACGAUUGGCUGCCAUUCGUGGAGAAGCAAGCGGAGUGUGUAGUGAAGCGGAUUAGGACAGACCGGGGUGGUGAGUUCCUUGGAGCUGAAAUGACGGCCUGGCUCAAGAAGCAGGGCAUCCAGAGAGAGCUGACCACGGCUUACACCCCACAGUCCAACGGUGUAGCAGAACGGGCAAACCGGACCAUUCUGGAGACAGCUAGGGCUCUGCUCAUAGAAUCUGGGCUGAGCAAUUCGAUGUGGCCUCAUGCUGUCCGGCACGCUACCGUCGCUAGGAACAGGGUGCUCACCAAGGUUGGGGAUGACUCGUGGGUGCCGUUGGAGAGGUGGCUUGGGAGGAAGCCGCCGGUGGACAUGCUGAGGGUGUUUGGUUGCAUGGCAGUCGCCCACGUCCCCAAGACCUACCGCAGUAAGUUGGGGGCGAGUGCAAUCUGGUGUGUGCAUUUGGGGCUGGCUGCUGAGAGCAAGGGAUGGCUGCUGUGGGAACCAUCCAAGGGUAUGUUGUUUGACAGCAGGGAUGUGAAAUUCAUUGAGGGCAUGAUGUAUGGGACCUGGGAGAAACAGCCGGAGGCCCGGGUGUCCCAGCAGAUGGAGCAUAUCACCAUGCAGCUGGACCUGACUCCUAGUGUGUGGGAGGAGGGAGAGGAGGCAGCUGCUGGAAAUGGUGAUGGAGAGAAGGUACAGAGGCAUUUGCUGGUGGAGAAAAUGGUGUGGAAACUGGCGGCAGCACUAGUGAAGCUGCUGGAUCCGAGGGAGGAGAGCAGCAGCAGGGGAAAACUAAGAAGCCGAAGGGUGUCGUUAUGA